CGAUUGGUCUAGCCACACGCGCAAGAGGUGCAGCUCCUAGCGAGACCGCUAGGGAUUUGAGACGUUCGAUCUUUACGCGUAAUCGCAGCAUCUUAGCAGGAUCUGCGCGCAGUGUCUUCGGCAUCAAGGACCUCGGUCUUCGGAAUAUUCGUGUGCCGCGUUUGCCAAAUUCGAUUUCGUUCGCACGCGUUACGUACGCCUCAGCAUGAAACUCAUCAUCGUUCUGCUGGCCACCGUGCUGGCCUGUGUACGGGCGGAGCAAUUCGAAGGAUACUUCUAUCCGAAGCCAAGCUGCGCCCUCUCCGACACGGUCUACAUCACGAAAACGGAAACCAACUAUGAUCGCGUCACGGAAACGAUCAGACAGCCAGUCUACGGUGAUGAGCAGACGAUCAUCUCAUCGGUCUACAUUACCUCCACCUAUACGGCUACUGUACCUUCCUACCAGACGAUAACAAAUACGGCCACGUACACCGUCACACCACCGCUGCAGCCGGCCCAGACGAUCUACAAUACCGUCACCUUGCCACCGAUCGUGUCCACGUACACGAGUGUCGUCGUUUCGGCGACACCCGUCUACCAGACACAAACCGAAACACGUACCAUUACCCAGCCACCGGUAACGCUGCCAGCGCAAACGAUCUACUCGACGAUUCGCGAACCUCCGGUGACGCUACCUCCCCAAACGAUCUAUUCCACGAUCCGGGAACCUCCAGUAACGUUGCCAGCGCAAACGAUUUACUCCACGAUCCGCGAACCUCCAGUAACGCUACCACCUCAAACGAUCUACUCCACGAUCCGCGAACCACCAGUAACGCUGCCACCUCAAACGAUCUACUCCACGAUCCGUGAACCACCAGUGACGCUGCCUGCACAAACCAUCUACUCCACCAUCCGGGAGCCACCGGUCACGCGCACCAGUCAGGUGGUGUCCACGGUGUUCAAUACCGUCACACUGCCCCCCGUAACACUGCCAGCUCAGACGAUCUACAGCACCGUGACACUUCCGCCGGUUACGCGAACCGUUAGCUCGGUUUACACCCAACCGGGUGGUUUCCAAACGGUCUAUCUCACCGAAACCCAGGUCCAGCGUGAUCCGAUACCGGCUCAAACGAUCUACAGUACCGUCACGAAAACGUUCUGUGCGCCAACGUACCUACCACCACAGAACACUCUGGCCGCUUACAACCAGGGACGAUACACGGGUGGUUUGUUCUAGAUCAUUUUUAAUCGAAAAAAUAGAGAUGGACUGUCCGUCGUCAUUCCUUUACUCAAUAAAUCCCCCACCCUUCUCCACAUUCCAUUCUUGCGCGCACGCAUCUCCAUAUGUGUUACGUGGUGUUACGAAAAACUGUCCCGGACGGUUUCUGCAAACGGCCUCCGUAACAUUCCACCACCACCCAUACUUCAUCAGCUCACCACCCUAUUUUAGCCUAUCGUUUCAUGGAUAAUGUUUUGUUUCGCUGUUUUCUUUCUACCCGUGGCUCCAGUGACCUUCUUCUCCGAGAUGAGAUGGGCACGACACGGGCGACACAAUGGCCGAAAUUGGCGCCGCCGAAAUGCUAAUCUUCUUCUCCCCGGCCAGCCUCGUUUUGGUGGAGCCUUGGAAAUGCAUUUUUAAAUACACUCUCGACACGAGAUGAGAUCAACUGCUUCCGACGCACGGACAGAGCGCGGACAGAGAGAGAGAGAGAGAGAAAAUAACGGUCAAACGCGUUGUGCGAACUGUUAAUCGUGGUUUAACAUUUUUUCCAAACCUUUUCGAUUAUGUUGGCCGAUUCGUGGCUCGUGCUUUACCUUCUCAGCAAAAGUCAAUCUGCUGCCAGGUGACCUCCGGGAGUCCGAUGAUGGCUGAUGACCGAUGGCGAUUUCACCAUGGCAAAAUUGGCUUCAAGGGAUGUGCAUGGUGGGAGCGCCCUUAGAUCACUUGGGAACUGGUUCACAUUCGAAUGCGAAUGGUCUGAUGAUCAUUGUUCUCGGCUGGCCAGUGAAUUGUUUAAUCAUCUCUCAGACCCUUUGGUCGCACAAGCUGCAGGGUAGAUCGUUCAGAUCUAUCAUCCAACCAACCGAUUGCCCAUUGUUGCACUACGAAAAUAAGCAACUCGAAACGAUUACCAGAGAAACGAUAUACCACGGGAAGAUGUAGCCAAAAAUGGAUGAUUAAAAUAAAUUUAAAAAAACGACCAUGAGCUCUGAAAAACGAGUAAAGAUCAUUCUAAAGUAUGUAAGGGUUUUUUUUUGGGUUUUACGAUGAAGAAAUAAACGAUUUAU